AUUGACAAGACAAUAUUAGACACUGAAACUGAUAUUCUACCAAGACAGUAUUGUCACACUUUUAUAAUAAUAAACUAAUAUUCACGUAUUUACGAUCAGUUGCACGUACAAUACAUUUUACAAAAAUGACUACAAUUAGACCAUUUACUUGUGAGGACAUGUUGAAAUUCAACAAUGUAAAUUUGGACCCUCUUACUGAAACUUAUGGGCUAUCGUUUUACACUCAAUAUUUAGCCCAUUGGCCAGAAUAUUUUCAAGUCGUUGAGUCUCCAAGUGGAGAAAUAAUGGGAUAUAUUAUGGGAAAGGCAGAGGGUCAUGGUGAGAACUGGCAUGGUCAUGUCACCGCAUUGACUGUAGGCCCUGAAUAUAGGAGGCUGGGCCUUGCAGCUACUUUGAUGAACAUUUUGGAAGAUGUGUCAGAAAAGAAAAAAGCAUAUUUUGUAGAUCUCUUCGUAAGAGUAAGCAAUAAAGUUGCCAUUAAUAUGUACAAGAACUUAGGCUACAUAGUGUAUAGGACAGUAUUAGAAUAUUACUCUGGAGAUCCAGAUGAAGAUGCCUAUGAUAUGAGAAAAGCAUGUUCGAGAGAUGUUAAUAAAAAGUCUGUUAUACCACUGACACAUCCAGUUCGGCCCGAAGAUGUGGAUUAGCAAAAACAAAUAAAUGAAAUAAAAUUACAGAAAAUCUU